UAUUUCAAUUUGUAUACUUUAGGGCGAGAGCGUGCAAUGCUGUUUCCAGACUACUACUUCUUUGCUGAAAGACGUUUGGUAAACCAUACUAUCGAAACAAGAAAAGUCAAGAACUUGGAUGACUGUGAGCUUCUUUGCUACCUGAACGACAACUGUGUCAGUCUUAACUUCAAAAAAGAUCCAGGAAUCAUAUCAAACUCUUUCCCCAGUGCGACGAACAUUUGUUUUUCUCGGUUCCAGGUGUACGCAACCACUAACCCCACGUAAUGCGCAUGCUCUCCGUUACGAAUUUUCAAAAUGGCGGACAGGUCAAAGAGGAAAAUUAAAAAACACAAAGCGAUUUUGCAAUGAAUUCUCAACAUACACCCUCGUUAGAAAGGCGAAUCUACGGAAGAAAGAUACGAAACUGUAUGAUAUUGAGAUCGAUAUGAUAUUAAAUCGAUACCGAGGGCCCGUUUAAUUGCCUUCCGCCACGAUUAUUAGCUUUCUUGACAGCUUUCUGAAGGUAGAAUACUUUCUUUCUGAAGACUUCUGAUAUGCGGCUAUUGAUUAUUACACCUCGUAUACCUGAUUGCUCAAACACUUUGUUUACGAUUGUUGAAAGGACCGACUCAUGGUUCUCCGUCUUCGUCUUGGCAUUGCUUUGAAAUAGUAUAGACUAGUAAGCUGAAACGAAAAAUUAAUCAGGGAAGUUUACGAAAAAUCCAGCAAACAAGCUUUAAAAAGGCAUUUAUUUAGACUUCAUACUUCAACGAACUUCACAAAUCUUACUUGUUUAUCUUGUAAGUAAACGAUGGCAGAUUAAUUCCCGAAGCGCUUUCUGAGUUUCCCGAUCCCUCUCCUACUGCUUUCACGCUUACAAAACAGGAAAAAUCAAAAGGAGGAAGAUACAGCCGUUUUGAAACGCCAUUUGACGAAGGUAAAUCUGCUUUUUGUUCGACACUUUACAUAUCAAAACAAAGGAAAUUUGUUCCUCUUUUUGAUUCUGGUCGUACAUUUUUAAUUUGCGCCUGCGUAAAAGAGAUAUCGCCUGAGACCCUUCGCUCGGUCGUGUUUUGAUCAAAAACGCCUUGUUAAUUUCACGCAACCGCUCGGAGAAAAGGUAAAAAUGACGAGGGAAAAACUUUACCUUCAAGUUAGAAAAUUAGCGAAAGAGAAAGCCACAAUAUUAUAGUUUAAUAUUUCAGAGGUACAUGUAGUGCUUUUUCCGUAGAGAAUCCGCACGAUGGUAAAACAUUCGAAAAUUACACUCGAUUUGAGUGGGGUGUUGGAGUGGGCGUGGUCACUACAUUCAUGUUAAGACUAUUUGUACCCCAUGAGUUUGAUAUGAAUCCAAAGAAUGACAACUCAGGUCACAUCUGUGAGCUAAAUAACGCCACACAUCUGAAACAUGACAGCGACUUGACAAAUGACGCGUUUUUUUACUAUCGUGGCUCGAAGGUGAGUUACCAGAAGAAUUUACGAAUUUGUCACUUUAGGAUAACAUAUUAACAAAAACUGACGUUUUGCGAACAUUUUUACGUUUUCAUUUUUCUUUAACGAUUUGUUCAUUCAGUCCGUUGAUUUUUGUCUCGUUCCUUCAGAACUCUUGUGAUAGGUUUUCACUGUGCCAAAAUAACGCAACUUGUCUGUCUGGUUUCACCAUCAAAGGAUAUCGAUGCUUAUGCCCUCCUGGAUUCGAUGGAGAACACUGCGAAAAUGGUAAUCUACAUUAUGCUCAAAAUAGCAUGAAUUUCUCUCUUGAUUCAAUGGCGUCGAUUCCCAUUUUUCUCGUUGGAUAAACUUGUGUUGAAUUUGUCCUAAUUCACAGUAUACUUAAAUGUGAUUAUCAUUUUAUUUGUUUGCCUGGUUGUUUGUGGAAUUUAUAUCACGUUUUGUGCUCGGUUGGUAAUCGAGGCGCAGUUUGUAAAGUAGACUGCAUCAACGUGAGCAAAACUCAAGAAUAUUUUGAUUCUUUGCUUACAAGUCCGACCUAAAAAUCGCAUCAAACCAGAAACGUGCAAAGCAGUAUUUUGUUUCGUUCAUACACAUUUUGACGAAUGUGAAACAUACCCAGGCUUAUGUCACGUAAACGCCACUUGUGUUAACACACGCGGAUCGUACGUGUGCACUUGCAAACCUAGAUAUACUGGAGAUGGACGCAAUUGUACAGAUACUGUCAACAGUCUCGUGACGCAAAUGCAAGAGUAGACGCAAAUACUAAUGCAAUGAUUUAAACGUUUGAACUAUCCCUACACAAAUGCAGAUGCAAACGUUAACGCAAGGAAUGAAAAAUUUAAGAAUUUAUUCAUGCUUAGCGUGCGUAUUUCGAGUUAUGGAUGCACGCGGGAAGCUUGGAGAGCACGAAAAAUGCGUAAGAGUAGCUCGAGGCGUAGCCGAGAGCAACUCUAGCUUUUUGAGUGCUCUCCAAACUUCCCAAGUGCAUCCAUAACUCGAUAUACGCACAGCUAAAAGCAUGAGCAAAUUCUUUUAUAACAGAGCAAGAAUGAACAAAAAAUGUUCACGUCAUCUUAUUUACGCACGGGUGUGUGUAAAUAAAGAUUUGUUCAUAGCGGCUUACAUAAGGCAAGCACGUGCGCUAUGUUAUAAUUUUAAUUUUCUUGAGCUUUAUAUGCGUUUGCAUACGCUUCCCAAACGUCGGGGUAACGCAAAUACAAAUGCGAACGCAAGGCGAAAAACACAGUUUCCAUCGGUUCCAUGCCACCACGGAACAGUUCAACCAAGAUGAAGUCGACGUCUUUCGCCAUUGCGGUAAUUUCCUUUGCUUUUCGACAGAAUUUUUCUUCUCAUGUGCAUCUAAGCAUGUUAAAACGACGAAUAUCUUAGUCCCUUACAGAGGAAUACUUAAAGAGAGAAAAUUAUGUGCGCUCGAACAAAAUUUCAAACCUUUUACCUUUUUGCGAGUAGUACUUCAGAUACUAUACUGUGCUCUAAGUGGCUCAUGGUAACAAAGUCAUCGAAUAAAAUUUACUUCAAAAAGUCACGCCAACAUAAUCGAAUUAUUCCUAGAGUUAUGCAUGCGCUAUGUUGGGAUUAAUUCACUUAUUCCAACCCUUACAGCAUGCCUAGCACCCCUGGGUAUGGAUAACAAAUCGAAAGUCAUAAAGGAUGCUCAGAUCUCAGCCUCUUCAGAGUGGGAUGGAAACCAUGCUGCAAUCCAGGGAAGGUUGAAUUUUUUGGCGCAUCAAAGAAAAAAAGGAGGCUGGUCAGCUAAAAACAAUAAUUUGAAUCAGUGGAUCCAGGUUGAUCUUCUUACUAAGACGACAGUAACACAUAUGGCCACUCAAGGAAGGAAUGCAGACAACCAAUGGGUGAAAAAAUACAGAAUACAGUACAGUGAUGAUGGAGUGAAUUUUAGCUUUUAUCAAACACCAGGUCAAAACUUUCCAAAGGUACUCUUAAUGAAUUAUAGGAACAUAUUUGUUUUCUUUUAUGUCCUGUGCUUUCCCCUUUGGGUUAGGUCUGGACUUGUAAAGUUAAAGAGUGGGAAAGGUUACUUGGUAUCUGCCAGAAAUGCCUUGAAAUAUUAAGGCAUCUUUUUCCUCGUUGCGAGAGCUGCUUGGUAUUUCAGCUCCAAGCAACUGCUUAUUUGAGGUUGGACCUUAGUAAAUCUCCAUUGAAUAAAAGUAUCACUUCUGACUUUUGUGGUAAAAUGAUGGUUUAACAUCAAAAUUGCGUUCUGCUUCUGUUUGCAGGAAUUCAUCGCAAACCAAGACAGCAACACUGUUGUACUCCAGCAGAUCCAUCCAUCCAUGAAGGCGCGUUACAUAAGACUUCUACCCACCAAAUGGCACAAUCACAUUUCGAUGAGAAUGGAGCUUUAUGGAUGUAAAGGUACUAUAGGGUGUCCUUUGAAGUAAUCUCAUUAUCAUUUAUAUUGUACACAGCUAUUUCAAGGGACUGUCGUAGAAAAUUCGGGACUGCACCGGUAUUGCUCGACUAGAACCGCCGCUUUCUCUACCAAUCAAAUUCAAGACUAAAACCAAUUUAUGGCUUGGUUACUCGCGUUUUCUCUCAUUUCACACAGUUUGCCUGUUUUUAAUUUGAGUUCUCAAAAGCUAAUGGCUAUGAAAACCAAAAACAUAGCUUUUAACGCUCAACAUAACUUUUUGAAAACAUGUCGCUGAGUCAGGUGCCUAUGUAGGAAGGAUUCCUUUGCUUUGCUUUUUCUUUUUAAUCGUGUUUUAUUUUUGUUUACGAAUAAGAUUCUUAAUCGACUCGAUUCUGAAUAAAAGCCGGUCGAGAAGAGAUUAGAAUGGGAGAGAGAGUGCUAUGAAUGCCAAAGAUGACAACGGCAAGAAAGAAAACGAGAUCAUGGAUGAUUUCUUUUAGGAUGCCUUCAAUCACGUUAUGGAUCUCUCAGUCCAUAAUCCUUAGUUGAACGAUUUUCUUAUUAUUUUGUUUCCGGCUGUCCUUUGAUGGACUGGCGAUAACGUACAAAAAGUUAGGAAUGAUAUCAUAAAUUGUCUCUGAACCUUAGAUUUGACGUUUCAUUGAAAGACAGUAAUUUCAUAAAUUUGUUAUUCAACAACAUCAAUUAUUGACUUAAAAGGCUGUACACUUUAGAGAGGAAAUGUAACAGCUCGAAGAAACGAUGACGAAUUCCUUAGAAGAAAAAUGCAAGAAUUACCCUAAAUAUCAUUGUUCACCAUAAAUUAUCUACUAUCAGGAACGGUUUUUUCUCUUUUUUGCAAACUUGACACUUGUGGCUCAACUUCCGACGAUAUGUUGCUGAGUUCUAAUUAUACAGGACAGAUGUGUAGGCCAUUAGUUCACUCUAAUUUUUUUAAAUCAUUUUCUUUUAUGUUUUAUUUUUAAUCGCACCUCAUUUUUAUUUAUCUACGAAUGGUGGUGCUCUAAACUGUGUUAACGUCGAUCAUUUCCUAAGAAACACUUUUGGUAUUUAUUUUGCUGAAUUGUCGUUAAAUGUUAACAAAACCACGAUGGUGUGACGCUAUUUCUCCAUGAAGUUUCCAUCAGUCGUUCGUGAGAAGACCACAACCACCCUUAAGAUAUAUACAUCAAAUGAUUUAUCGCGCGUGUGAUUGCGCUAAACGCAUUGCGUGACCGAAUACCAGGGAAUAUCUGGUGAUAUACCCCCAAGUAAUAGUCCCCAAUUUUUACACAUUACGUUUAUUAAGAUAGGUCUUCUUUAAAAAUCUAAUGCAAAAUGAGUGUAUUGUCAUCGUUACAAAAGACGGGAAGUAUUUUUUUUCCUUAAAGAUGGAUCUCCAAAGUCAUUUUCCUCAAUUAUAAAUGGAUAAAUUUGAGACUUUUGUUUGUUUCUGCCUUCGCAUGGUCUUCACGCUUGACAACAGCAUUAAAACAAAGUUUAGCCUUGAAAGCUCAGAGCUAUUUCAUAGCUUAAUAACUUCGUUAAAUGUGACAAGAAAAAGAAGAAGAAAAGUGUAAGAUAUGUAUGUUUCUAAACAACACGUGACCACUCGAUGAUGGAAAUUGAAGUAACUGCCAGGGAAAUAUGACGAGCUCCUCCUAUUAGUACUGAUUGACUUCUUGUUUAAUGAGCAGUAAUUAAUGCUCGUUAGACAAAAUCUUUUACCAUUGACUCUAACGACUUUAAUCCUGUUACAAUUAUCAUUUAAUUUCGUAGGAAAUCCUUGAAAAAUUACAAAAUUCUAAAUGAAAACGAUAGGAAGAACAGUUACUCAACACCAACUAACGGUCCAGAGUCUUGUGACGACCAACUCCCUACAGAGAGUGACCCUGCGGAAUGGUAUCGUUUAAUGGGAGAUGCUGGAACAAAAAUGCCAACAAAGCGUGUGGAUGCAUACCACUGUAGUACAAUCUGGUCAGGCUGGUUGGAUGGUACUCAUCCCACAAUGGAGGAUGGUGAAGUUUACAGGAAAAUCUGCUUUAGUGAU